AUGAGCCAGGUGAAUGAGAGCGUCCCACAGGAGUUCACCCUCCUCGGUUUCUCAGACCGACCAUGGCUGGAGCUCCCACUCUUCGUGGUCUUCCUGGUUUCCUACAUCUUGACUAUCUUUGGCAAUCUGGCAAUAAUUCUUGUGUCUCAUCUGGACCCCAAACUCCAUACCCCCAUGUACUUUUUUCUUACCAAUCUGUCACUCCUGGACUACUACACCACAAGUAUGGUUCCCCAGAUGUUGGUAAAUUUAUCCAGCACCAGGGAAGUGAUUAGUUAUGGUGGCUGUGUGGCCCAGCUCUUCAUGUGUCUAGCCUUGGGGGCCACCGAAUGUCUUCUCUUGGCCGUCAUGUCCUUUGAUAGGUUUGUAGCUAUUUGUCGGCCUCUCCAUUACUCAGCUAUCAUGCACCAAAGGCUCUGCCUUCAGCUGGCAGCCGCAUCCUGGCUUAGUGGCUUUGGCAACUCAGUGCUGCAGUCCACCUGGACCCUUCAGAUGCCGCUCUGUGGCCAUCGAGAAGUAGAUCACUUCUUCUGUGAAGUCCCUGCUCUGCUCAAGUUGUCCUGUGUAGACACAACAGCAAACGAGGCUGAACUCUUCUUUAUCAGUGUGCUAUUUGUCUUAAUGCCCGUGAUACUCAUCCUUAUAUCUUAUGCUUUUAUUGUCCAAGCAGUGUUGAGAAUCCAGUCAGCUGACGGCCAGCGAAAGGCAUUCGGCACAUGUGGCUCCCAUCUGAUCGUGGUGUCACUCUUCUAUGGUAUAGCUAUCUCCAUGUACCUGCAACCACCAUCCCCUGCCUCCAAGGACCAGGGAAAGAUGGUGUCCCUCUUCUAUGGGAUCAUCGCACCCAUUCUGAACCCCCUUAUAUACACACUUAGAAACAAAGACGUAAAGGGAGCAUUUAAGAGGUUGAUUGUGAGGGUCUUCUUAUUCAAGAACAGGAAUGCCCAAAUGAUAGGCUUUCUUAAAGACCUGAGCUUUAUGCAUUUUAAUAAUUUAAUUGUCUCCACGUUACCUUAUUCUCACUACUCUUAG